CAGUGAGGUCUCGACUUCUAACCUCAAUUGGAAGUAAAAAGUAUAAACCUAUCCAGAACAAUGGAUGCUCAUAGGCUGGCACUGCCGCUCAUACCAAGAUAAUGCCUAAUGGGAUGCUCAGGCACUGCCGUAUUAAAUCUUCUGGGCCUUUAAGAACGGGCUAAUCUUAUUGGGCCAACUUCGCAAAUUCCCACUGUACAGAGUAUGGGCGGCCACAAUUUCAUUACUAUUAGACUCGGAAUCUUUGAAACUGAAAAAGCAACUAAUUUGAAGAGUUGUUUGUGAUACUCGCAGCUCUGCAAAGAAUGGCAGCCAAUUUCUGGACUUCUUCUCAUUAUAAGCAGCUUUUGGACCCGGAAGAGGUAGAUGUGUUGCAGCAACAGGAUAAAGACAAGGGCAUAACACUUGAUGAUUUCAAGCUUAUUAAGAUGCAUAUGGCCAAUUCUGCUGUCCAUUUUUUGUCUUUUAAUGCCUAUCUAUUUCAAUUCCCUUUGUUUUUCGGUUUCUUUUCCUCAGAUAUCUGGAAAUUGGCUCAACAAGUUAAAGUUAGGCAAAGGGUUGUCGCCACUGCUGUUACAUACAUGAGACGGGUUUAUACCAGAAAGAGUAUGUCAGAAUAUGAUCCUCGGCUUGUAGCUCCAACCUGUUUGUACUUGGCAGCAAAAGCAGAAGAGAGCACCGUGCAGGCCAGACUACUUGUAUUUUACAUCAGAAAAUUAUAUUCUGAUGAAAAGUACCGGUAUGAAAUUAAAGACAUACUUGAGAUGGAAAUGAAGAUUUUGGAAGCUCUUAACUAUUACCUAGUUGUAUUCCAUCCUUACCGCUCAUUGUCACAGUUGUUGCAGGAUGCUGGCAUUCAUGACAUAAAUAUGAUUCAGUUAUCUUGGGGACUUGUAAAUGACACCUACAAGAUGGACCUGAUUCUUAUACAUCCGCCACAUCUAAUUGCUUUAGCUUGCAUUUACAUUGCUAGUGUGUAUAGAGAGAAAGAUAUAACAGCAUGGUUUGAAGAGCUUCACGUUGAUAUGAAUGUGGUGAAAAAUAUCUCAAUGGAGAUAUUAGAUUUCUACGAAGGCUACAGAUUAAUCACAGAAGAGAGAAUUAGCACUGCUUUUAGCAAACUUGCUUUGAAGCCUUAAGGCUCCCUGUGAUUCUAUUACAAAUGAACCCGUUAAAUGGAUACCACAGAUUAAACCUGCUGGCUCUUUUGGCAGAAAUUGGAGAAGAUGCCCCUGUGAAUGUGUUAGACAUCUUCUGCAGGAUUGCCAUGUUACUUGGACAUGAAUAGUUCAGUGCACUGUAGUUGUCCUGCCAUUUGGAUAACUUCUUGAUGUAUGUCCACAUACAAAACCAUGUGAAAGAACUAAGUACUAUGACCAUGUCAAAGAACUAAAGUACUAUGUUGUUUUAACUGAAAAGAACUCAUUACUCAUAUAGCGUGCUAGCUAUCUCUUUCCGAGCCUCAGUGCUGCAGUUAUUGUUCUCACCCUUUGUGUAAUGUUAUUGCAUUACUGUUAACAUUAAUAAGGUUGAGCUAGUAUACAAGUUUGAAUUUCAAUUUUAA